UUGAGAGUUUUCAAACUGGCAAAAUCAUGGCAAACAAUGAAACUCCUAUUCUCCAUCAUAGCCAGGACACUAAACGCCCUUGGCAACCUGACGGCGGUCCUCAUGAUUAUUAUUUUUGUUUUUGCCGUGCUUGGCAUGUCCCUCUUCGGCGAGAACUAUAAGCAUUUCAAGAACAUAACACGUUUUCCCGAUAGAAAAGGCCAGAUACCCAGAUGGAAUUUCUGCGAUUUCACGCACUCCUUCAUGAUUGUUUUCCGUGUGCUCUGUGGCGAAUGGAUCGAGUCCAUGUGGGACUGCCUCGAAGUGAACGGUUGGAGCUGCACGCUCUUCUUCCUCCUCACGAUGGUUCUUGGAAACCUUGUUGUUCUGAGUCUCUUCUUGGCUCUACUGCUCAGUUCAUUCAGCGCUGAAAGUCUUCAGGGAAGGGAAGAAGAGCCCGGCGAGCCCAACAAACUUCAGGAAGCUUUCGAUAGAAUCUACAAGGCGGGUGUUUGGACUCGGAUAAAGCUAAAAAAGCUCUCCUCUUACAUUGCCCAGAAAAUGCGACACAGAAGCAGGGAGGACAGCACGAGGCCUUCCUCCAUCGGUCUGAACUCUCCCAUAACUGCACAUCCCUCAAUCCAUUGUCUGUCUGAAGAUAUUGAAGCUGAAAUCAUGAACAAGAGUCAGACUGACAGUGGCACAAACAGUGAUGCAGAAAAGGAGAAGGAGGUACUGGAGCCACAUGCGGUGGAAAUUGAGUACUGGCGUCAUCCGGAGGACUGUUGUGCUGCGUUUAUCUGGAAGCGAUGCGCACCCCUCUGUCGUCCGUGUCUGCCAAGUCGGAUGGGUCGAGCCUGGGGAAGGCUGCGUCAGGGCUGCUAUUAUAUUGUUGAGAAUCGCUUCUUUGAGGGGUUUAUAUUUGUCAUGAUCAUCGUCAGCAGUGGCACCCUUGCAUUGGAGGACAAACAUCUGCCGUCGAGACCUGUAUUGAAAAUGAUCCUCGAGUACAUGGAUAAAGUGUUCACAUUCGUAUUUUUAUUGGAAAUCAUUCUCAAGUGGUUUGCAUAUGGCCUUCGGAAAUUCUUCAAGGACGCCUGGUGUUGGCUCGAUUUCACCAUUGUGGGGAUAGUCGUAAAUGCUCUACUGCAAGCAAUUCCAUCCAUAUGCAACGUCGUUCUCGUCUGCAUGGUGUUCUGGCUCAUUUGUUCCAUCAUGGGAAUGCAACUUUUUGGUGGAAAAUUUCGCAAGUGUGUAAGUGAGGCAACAGGCGAACGUCUGCCGGCCUCUCUCUAUCCCAACCGGCAAAUUUGCCAACUGCACCAACAACUCUACCGAAACGUGAGCUGGGAUAAUUCCAAGAUAAACUUUGACAAUGUGCCCAAUGCGUUUCUGGCACUCCUUCAAGUGGCAACUUUCAAAGGUUGGAUCGAGAUCAUGGCCGAUGCCGUCGACGUAGUCGAUUUUGAUCAGCAACCGGUCUACAACAAUUUCACGUAUUACUAUCUCUAUUUCGUCGUCUUCAUAAUUUUCGGCUCCUUCUUCACACUCAAUCUCUUCAUUGGUGUGAUAAUUGAGAACUUUAAUGUCCAGAAGAAGAAGGUCGGUGGGUCUGUGGAAAUGUUUAUGACUGAUGACCAAAAAAAAUACUACCACGCCAUGAAGAAGAUGGUCCGAAAAACACCCCAAAAGCCUAUUCCAAAACCCAAGCUUCGCAUUUCGAGAAUGGCCUUCCGGAUCGUGAGCAACCAAAAGUUCGACCUUUUCAUUAUGGCGAUGAUAGGGAUCAACACUAUAAUAAUGUGCUUUGAACACCAUCACCAGUCAGAGACGGUGAAAGAAGCCAUGGAGAUCAUAAACAAAAUCUUUGUCAUUAUUUUUACCGGCGAAUUCAUUUUAAAAAUUGCCGGCCAACGAUGGUACUACUUCAAGGAUGGCUGGAAUAUCUUCGACUGCACCAUUGUUAUCUUCUCUCUAGGUAUGCAAUUACGUGAAAACAUUGGAGUCGCGAAUCUAAAGUCAGCUCAUCAGUUAGUUUAA